AUGGAACUCUCUCGGCUGCUUCACCGCUAUCACACCAGUUCCUCGGUCGUCUCUGCGCCAGCCACCGCGUCCAACAGUGAACUCCGUGGCACUCGUCGUGAGGAGGGUCUACAGCAGCAGCAGGCGGCUGGUAAUUCUACCGUGGCCAAGGCACAGGCGGCCAUAGCGGCAGCAGCGGCAUCAAAGUGCCGAGCAAACACCUCAGCGUCAUGGCCCGCUUCCAACGCAUCAAACACGCGGCCUAAGGCUGCCGAUGGAGCCGCGGGCAGUCCCACGCGUGGAUCCGAGGCAGCAACACGUCAAGCGUGCAGUGCGUCUAGUAGCAGCAGUGACUCACGGCAUCACGUACAAGUGUACAGGGAGCACUGUACCAUUGGCUGGUCUCCGGACGAAUUCUACAGCGUAGUGGCCGAUGUGGAGCACUACUCCGCGUUCUUGCCGUGGUGCGCGGGGUCGGAGGUGCACGCGACGCGCCGGGUGCGGGUGCCGCGUGAUGCACGGCGUCCCCCUACGGUCCCCGCCGCCGCCGCCGCCUCGCCUCUAGCCACAGGCUGCGAGGCGGAAGAGUCGGAGCUCGUCGAUGCGGUUGAGAUGACCACGACGCUGACCAUCGGCUUCUCCUUUCUCAAGGAGCAAUACACGUCGCGCGUGACACUCUACCCGAACCGCAGAAUUGUGGCGGCUCUCUACGACGAAGAGGACGUCGAUGUCGAGGCAGCGCCGCAAAACACCAGCAGAGCCAGCUCGGCGGCCGUUGCACCUUCCCGCGACAGUUACUCCACGCCAGGCACGGACAGCGGCGACGGGCUUGUGCUCUCCUUCUUGAGGAAGGCGGCGUCCACGGCGGGGGUGGCGGCCAAGCGGUCCAUUCUCCGGCACCUCCGGUGUGAGUGGGAGUUCGCCCCGGUGGAAGGGAAGCCGAACACGGUGGAUGUGCUCUUCUUCGUGUCGUUCGAGUUCAAGAACCCGACGUACCGCCAUCUGGUCAUGAACAACGUUGUGGGCCUCAUGACUCGCAGCUUCGAGCGUCGCUGCGAGAGCCUGUAUGGGCCCCCGUCGGCGACGAAGGUGUCGCUGCCGGUCCUGUCCUGA